GACAUGAUUGGUUGCAAUUUUGUGAGCCUUUUUAAUAAUACAUGAUUUUUCAUUAAUACAUCAAUUAUUUGGCUCUGAGUCUGAGAUUCACAGUUCUUAGUCUUAUCUUGUCAGUGUGUUUGCUUUUUAAAGUCUCAAUCUCAGACAGACCUGACCCAGCACCCUUGAAUCCUUGCCUUACUAAAGUACUCUCUGAACUCCCACUCUGAACUCUCCUCACCUUUCCGCAGUAUGGACAUCACCAGAUUCCAAGCCUUCCAUUUCUGACUUCUGCCUCGUUUAAUUGUUGUAUUGUUUAUGCUUCCCAAAAACAAUGUGUGAACCCCAAUACCCCAUGUUAACAACGCCUACUGUUGCAUCUUUUCACAUUGAUUCACUUCAAGAACCGCCUCCCUCUUCUUUGUUUAACAGAAACAACUACACCCAUUUGGAGAUUGCCGAAACUAUGCAGCCCCAUUUCAGGGUGGUUUCUGAAUUGCACUGAUUGCCUCUUUUCCUGUGCCGUCUUGUUUGGUGGUUCUAACUUUUAAGGCGUUAAUGGAGGGGUUUUCUACGGAUUUCCCGGGGUUCUCUGAUGGGUUUUCAGAGAAUUCGGGGUAUGGGGCGAUAAUUAGAGGUGGGUCAUCGUCGUCGUCGUUGUUGGUGUUGGAUAGUGAGAGAGGAGAGCUUGUGAGGGCUCCAGCGAGGUUGGGGCCAAAUGAGGUGAAGGCGGAGAAGGCUAUGGUGGCUCUGAAAAAUCAUAGUGAGGCGGAGAGGAGGCGGAGAGGGAGGAUUAAUGCUCAUCUAGCCACGCUCCGGGGCAUAAUCCCGGGUACAAAGAAGAUGGACAAGGCAUCUUUGCUUGGUGAAGUUGUUAGCCACUUGAAGGAACUGAAGAGGUCUGCAGCAGAAAUUAGUAAAGGCUUUCUUGUUCCAAUGGAUAUCGAUGAAGUAAGGGUUGAGCAACAAGAGGGUGGUUUAGAUGAGGCCCCGUAUUCUAUCAAGGCAUCUCUAUGUUGUGAUUAUAAACCUGGUGUUUUAUCAGAUUUAAGACGAGCACUUGACACUGUCCAUCUGAAAACAGUUAGGGCAGAGAUUGCGACCCUUGGAGGUAGGAUGAAGAAUGUUUUUGUGAUGACUGGCUGUAAAGAUGGCAACCUUGAAGAUACUGAAACGAGGAAGCUUCAUGCAAACUCUGUUCAUCAGGCCCUCAGGUCUGUGCUUGAUAAAUUUCCUGCUUCACAGGAUUUCUCAUCAAGAAGCACGUCUUCGAACAAGAGGCAAAGGAUUUCUAUUUUCAAUUCUUCGAGCUCAUCUCCAUUUGGAGACUUCUGGUGAGACGAAUGAUUUCUUGAUUAUAAUUUGCAUCUUUCUUUGCGUUGUUUUCCUAUGUCCAUAUGCAUUGGCUGGCAUUCAGGUUGGUAUACAGGGAUUGGUAGCAUGUAAUUCUUCACUAUAGACACAAGAGGAUGUGUACAAAUGUCAUAUGCCUGUUUCUUAGAUGGCUGAAUGUGAUAUACUUGGAUGUAAUAUGAGUUAUAGAAUGUAACAGAGGUACCUUGUUGUAAUUGGAGUUGAAAAGUUCUUCUCUGAUGCCCAAGAACUAAUUAGUCAAUUUAUGAAAGACAUUUUCCAAUCUUGUGGUUGGCUUGAUGAUAAA